GAAUCACACACAGCUCUUAGCCAGGAUGGGCCUUCUGGCAUCACAUCUGAAUUAGUGCUGGGCCUCACUUUUAAGAACAGAAAACUGGACAUCUUGGGGCACAUCUGCAUUGGAGUGUCUACAAGGGAGAAGAGAUCACAGAGAAGGCAUCUUUAACUGCAGUUAACAACACCAAGGCCCUCACAGCAGCCCCCAUGGGCUCUGUGAAUUCCCGAGGGUCCAAGGCAGAAGCCCAGGUGGUGAUGAUGGGCCUGGACUCAGCAGGCAAGACGACACUUCUGUACAAAAUGAAGGGCCACCAGGUGGUGGAGACCCUCCCCACUGUUGGUUUUAAUGUGGAGCCUCUUGAAGCCCCAGGACAUGUGUCGCUGACGCUCUGGGACAUUGGGGGACAGACCCAGCUCAGAGCCAGUUGGAAGGACCAUCUAGAAGGCACAGAUGCACUGGUGUAUGUGCUGGAUAGCACAGAUGAGGCUCGCCUGCCUGAGGCAAUGGCUGAACUCAUGGAGGUCCUGGACAGCCCCUGCAUGGUGGGUGUCCCUGUCCUGGUGCUAGCCAACAAGCAGGAGGCGCCCGGGGCUCUGUCAUUGCUUGAGAUCAGAGACAGGCUGGGCCUGGAGCAACUGCAGGAUUGUUGCUGGGAGCUCCGGGCCUGCAGUGCCCUUACAGGUGCAGGUCUACCGGAGGCCUUGCAGAGCUUGGGAAAGCUCCUGAAAUCCCACAGAAGUUGCAGGUGAACAUUGUCUGGGCAGGGAGAGCAAGAAGUCUUGAACUGGGCAAAAGGUAAUCUGCUCAAACAAACUAGAAGAACCAGCCAGCCCUGGAGAGUAUGAAACGUGGUUUAUCAAACAAGCAAUUCUGUGGUUGGAUGGAAUGUUUACCUCUUGGGACUUAUUGUCACUGAAUUUAUGUGGCAAAUCAACUCUCUUGGGGUGGAAAGAUAGCUCAUCAGACAGAGUGAAUGCCUUGCUAUGCUUGUAGCCUAGGUUCAAGCCUUGUCACCACCUGGGAGUCUUACAACACCAGUGAAAGUAUUGGUGCUAUGUUUUCUCUCUCUCUCUCUCUCCUUCUCUCUCUCUCUCUCUCUCUCCAUAUUUCUAACUAAAUUUAAAAAAAAAGCCUAAGACCAUUGAAAUAGCUUACUUGAAUAAUGUGCUGCUUUGUCAUGUGCACAGCCCAGGUUCAAACCCAUCCUCUACCACAUUGAAGGAAGCUUUAGUGCUGUGGUCUCUUUCACUUUCUCCCUCUCGUUCUAUCCCUCCUUCCCUCCCUCUAACAGAUCAACAAUAAAAUGAAGAAGUUAAAAAAAAAAAGUGUCACCUCUUCCUCUUUAUUGUCCUGGUACCAACCUAAGAAAACACUGAAAGAUGGCUUACCAGAUAGAAAAGCAAUGCUAUAUUAAGUACUGAUUAGUGAUGGCAAUGGGACAUUCCUUAGCUCAGAAAAUUGAAAAUAUUAAGAGGCACUAGCAUAAGAGAGAAAAUAUUACAUUCUGGUUCAAAUUUAUAUGACUGCAUUUUUUUUAACUGCCACCAUGGUGAUUAUUGGGGCUCAGUGCUGGCUGGCACUACAAAUCCACUGCUCCCGGUGGCCAUUUUUUCCUGUUUUUUUUUUCUUUCUAUUUUUUUUUAAUUAGAUAGGAUAGAGAGAAAUUAUAAGAGGAGGGGGAGAUAGAGAGGAGGACAGAAAGACACCUACAGACUUGCUUCACCACUCGUGAAGCAUCCCCCCUGCAGGUGGGGAGAGGGGACUCGAAUCUGUGUCCUUGAACUUGAUACUAUAUGUGAUUAACUGGGUGUUCUACUGCUAGAUGCCUAUGACUACAUUUCCCACAUAUAUAGAGCAUAUGUGUCUUUACACAGUGAAGAAAGUUAUCAUGCAAAUAAAGGUAAGAUAAUCUUAACCAUCUUAACCUUAGGCCCAAUGAUGACAGUCUUCAUGAGAACAGCAAUAAGUUAAAAUAGUAUAUUGGGUCAGUGAAAUAGUUCGCUUAUAUAGUGUGCUAUUUUGCCAUGUGUACAACCCAGGUUUGAGCCUGGACCCCACUGCAUCAAAGGAAGCUUCAGUGAUGCAGUGAUGUUGUCUGCCUCUCUCUCCUUCUAUCCUACAAAAAAUAAUUUAAACAAGUUUUGCGAGGAGUGGUGAAAUUAUUAUUACUACUAUUAUUAUUGCCUCCAGGGUUAUCACUGUGGCUUGGUGCCUGUACUACGAAUCCACUGCUCCUGUGGCUAUUUUUUCCUUUUUUUAAUUGGUUAGGACAGAGAGAAAUUGAGAGACGAGGGGGAGUUACAGAGGGAGAGAAAAAUAAUUCCCCCCCUUGCAGAUAGGGAGCCAGGGAUUCGAACCAGAAUCCUUGGAACAGGUCCUUGUGCUUCGUACUAUGUGCACUUAACCGUAACCUGGUGCAUCACCAUCAGGCCUACAGAGUGAUGAAAUUAUACAUGUGAGACCCCAGCUCUGCAAAGCAACUCUUUGAAUAAUGAUCCUCUGGAGAGAAAAAUAUACUCUAAAAAAUUCAGUUAUUUUCCCCUUACCAAACAUGAACUGAACAAUUGUAAUAAUAGCAAAAUCUGGCUGCAUAAUAAUUAAGAUUUAAAUUCAGAGAGGGAAAGUGGUUUCAAAGUCAAGA